AUGACGGCGCUCCCUCAAGUCGUGCCUCAUAGCCGGGGAAGGCUCCUGAAUAUUCUCUUGACAGCCUCGUUGGCCCUCGUCAGUCUCGUCUGCUACAUUCUGCUCAUCAUACUCUACGUCCAGCCAAAACUAUACCGUAUCCCAUCCCUCGUCUACGUAGACGGCUCGUCGUCCAUCAAGCCCUCGGUAGCCGUGAGUUUGAUAACCGCCAUUCUCGCCGCCGCCACGUCCGCCCUCAUCACCCGCUGCGUCGAGCACUCCCUCUGGCUCAAGCUCGUCCCUCGCCACACUGGCAGCCCUCUGACUGUCCGCGAGACCAGACACCUCGCGCAAUGGACCGUGUCCCCUCUGGCGAGGCUCACCUACGCCGUCCGCGGCGGCUUCCAGCUCCUCAAGAUAAGCGGCGUGCUCCUCCUCGCCGUCUACGCCGUGAGCCCCGUCCUCCUGGCGGGCAUUUCGCAGACGGACCUCGUCACCGUCUCGUCCACCUCGUCACCCCACACGGCAGACUACUGGGCCCCCUGGAUCAACCGGGGAAACUACCGCUCCCGCGGAGGCAGCGCGGGCGACCUCGUCUUCGGCAUGGCCGUGCAGGCCUCCAACGGCAACUUUGCGCCGCCCGUGGCCCCCGUGUGCGCCAACGACUCGUGCAGCGUGUCGACGACGUCGUCUGCCCUCCUCGCCGCCUGCAACGCGCGCACCGCCCCCAACACCAACAACAUGGGCCUGCCGUCGUGCGGCCCCGGCCCCGGCCCCGCCGCUUCCGCCCGCGUCACCAACCUGUGCAGCGACAUCAUUCCCUCCCUGUGCGUCAACCUGACGUGCGGCGCGCCGUCCGUCUACGCAAACUUCAAGACAAGCCUCGACUACGCCUGCGAGUCUGGCCGCGGCUCCCCGUCCAAGCCCGCCGCGUGCAUCACCUCGCCCGGCUCGUGGUCCGCCAUCUUCGGCGCCUGGGUGGCCGGCGCCGACUUUGGCGUCGGCGACAAAACCCUCGUCAACACGGUCAGCUGCCUCGUCCAGUAUGGAAACGUCACCAUCACCCAGAGCGGCGCGAAUCCCCCGCAGUUGGAUCGGGGCUCGUUCCAGCGCUCCCGCUACCUCCUGGGCAACUACUCGUCUCCCAUCGCCGGCGUGCGCACCUACACCUGGGGCGAGAACAACGCCACGUCCCCGUACGCGUUUACCCUGCGCGUCGUGGGCACCGGCUUCAACGACAUGUACCGGGAGCCGUUUGCCGCGGGGCUGCUGGGCGACGAUGCCUCCCAUGACGCCGGGCACGUCGCGCGCCUGAUUGAGCGCAACUUUGACUGGGCGACCAUGGGGGCCUUUGCGAGGAUGCCCAACGCCAGCGAUGUCGUGACGACGAGCCGCGCCACCGCUAGGGUGUACGUGUACGAGCGGCUGGUGCUGCUGGUUCUCCUGGUGCCGUUGGCGGCGUCUGUGACGGGCACGUGGCGGCGUUGGAGGGUCGGCUCGGACGACCAUGUGCUCGGGUAUGACCCCGUGGCGAUGGCUGCCCGCGGCCCGGUCGAGGGGGUUUCGCCUGCCGCCUUUGUCGGGGACCGCGAGUACAGGAAGGGCUGUGAUGGGCUGCGGCUCGUGGGCUUGGAGGAGUCGGUGGUAGAUUCGUACACGGGGCGGAGCGGCAGACGAGUCCGAUUUUUGGCCAAGAGGUAG